AGCCAGUGUUGGUUUAUGUAUAGGAGAUUGUUAGAAAGACUCUGCUUUUGUGCCUCGUAUAUAAUUCUACUUCUGCUCUAUAUGUAUAAUGCUUUUAACAUCCGACGAUAGAAGAACAAAGUCUGUGCUGGUCGGUGGCGGUCUCCAUCGGCCGUACUGUAAUAUAAUCCCCACUUUUCUGCGUCGUGUGUAAGAGAGACGAAGACAGAAGCAGUUUAGCUGUAGCAUGCUGUAUAGUGUGUUCGUUCUCGAUGCGCGUUCAGUGUGAUUCGAACGAGUAAAGUAAGAACGAGUUUGUUCGUAGUAAUUUUAUCGUUCAACUGUGCUCUACAAAAGGUUGAUGUGCUCAAUUCAGAUCGAAUUUGAAAUCGAGAAUCAAAAUUGAAAGUGUCAAAAGUGGAAAUUGUUAAGUGCGGUUGCAAGUGUGUUUGUAGAUGACUCAUUUUUACAUAAAUGAGGGAGGAAAUAUGGAUUGGCCCACACCUACAUGAUACAAAGUGUCAGUGAGAUUUUAUCACUAUUAUAACACCACUACACUGUUCUCAGUGUAGUGUAGUGUAUAAUGGCUGUGAAAUGGAUGUUAGUGUUGAAAUGCUACAGAGUAAUUCUGAGUUUGUUUUGCUUUAUAAUAAUGCUGAACAGUGCGCAGGGUUCGUGCCACUGGUCGUUGGAUGGUAACGACACGCAUUCGGCAAUUUGUAGUCUACGUUCUCUUGACCCAUCCAGUGUUGCAGGACUUUUUCCUUCACUCGACGGAGCACUCAAACUACAACUCAGCUGUAGUACCGGACAUUAUGUAGAAAGCACAAUAACCGGGGAAAGUUGGAAUCGUCUCAAUGGCAUUGACGAACUCAUUAUCAGUGGUUGUAAAAUAAUGGAAAUUCCAAAUUCUGCUUUUCAGCCAUUGACUGAUUUAAAAAGACUGAAAGUGCAGACAUUAAAUUACGAAUGGAAUGCAGAUCGCACUCUUAAAGUGGCUUCCGAUGCAUUGGUAGGUUUGCGUGAAUUGCUAACACUUGAAUUUGUUAAUAGUAAUAUUCAAGCGCUUCCAGCAAACGUCAUUUGUGGACUUGGUAAUUUACAAUUUCUUAAUCUAACGGGAAAUCAGUUUCAUGCAGUGGAAGAUGUGGGGCUGGCUGAAACUCGGGCGAAUAGGGCGGAUUGUCGUGCUGAUAUUCGGAUACUGGAUCUUGCACGCAAUCAAAUACGAACUUUACGUGAAGAAAGUCCACUUUCUGGACUGCGACAACUGCAGGAACUUUAUUUACAACACAAUGCGAUUAAUGAAAUAGCGAGUGAUGCUCUCACCGGUCUUACAAAUCUUAGAAUUUUUAACGUUAGUUUUAAUGAUUUACAGACACUGACGGAGGGGAUUUUCGUCGGUACAAGGGACCUUCGUGAAAUUUACCUUCAAUAUAAUCAGUUACGAAAUCUUCCCCGCGGAUGUUUUUCUCGACUUGAACAACUUCUUGUACUUAACCUUGCUGGUAAUCGUUUAACCAGUGAACAAGUUGAUGAAUUGACUUUUUUAAAUUUAAUUCGCCUUAUUGUUCUUGAUUUGUCGUACAAUAUGCUCACAAAAAUUGACGCUAAAAUGUUCAAAGAUCUCUUUUUUCUUCAAAUUCUCGACUUGAGAAAUAAUUCCAUAAGUUUCAUUGAAAGCAAUGCAUUUUUACCACUCUAUAAUUUACAUACUUUGGAGCUAACGGAAAAUAAAAUUCACACCAUUGGACCACAGCUUUUUAAUGGUCUCUUUGUGUUGAAUCGUCUUACUCUCUCGGAAAAUUCAAUUGUUUCAAUUGAUCCAUUGGCUUUUCGUAAUUGUUCUGAUUUAAAAGAACUUGAUCUCAGUAGCAACGAACUCACAUCUAUACCCGAAGCAUUGCGAGACCUUGCUUUUUUAAAAACUCUUGACCUUGGCGAGAACAAAAUCACCGAGUUUCAUAAUGGCUCUUUUCGAAAUCUUAAUCAAUUAACAGGACUGAGACUGAUUGGCAACGAAGUUGGUAACUUGACUCGUGGAAUGCUUUGGGACUUACCAAAUCUUCAGAUAUUAAAUCUCGCGAGGAAUAAAGUGCAGCAUGUUGAACAAGAUACUUUUGAACGAAACGUUCGUUUGGAAGCCAUUCGUUUGGAUGGAAAUUUUCUUUCUGAUAUUAAUGGUGUCUUUACCAGCAUUGCAAGUCUUUUAUUAUUGAACCUUUCGGAAAAUCAUAUCGAAUGGUUUGAUUAUGCAUUUAUUCCAAGUAACUUAAAGUGGUUAGACAUUCAUGGGAAUUUUAUUGAACGUCUCGGGAAUUAUUAUGAAAUUCCUGAUUUACGAGUGAGAACAUUGGACGCAAGUCAUAAUCGUAUAAUGGAGUUAGCACCACUUUCAGUGCCUGACAGUGUAGAACUUUUGUUCAUUAAUAAUAAUUACAUUAGUGUUGUGCGACCUAAUACAUUUACCGGUAAAGUCAAUCUCACACGAGUCGAUAUGUAUGCAAACAUGAUCGAAACUAUGGAAUUAACUGCACUUCGAUUAACAGCCGUGCCAGAUAGUAAAUUGCUGCCAGAAUUUUACAUCGGAGGUAAUCCUUUUAACUGCAAUUGUUCAAUGGACUGGCUACCAGUGAUAAAUAAUAUAAGUGCACUUCGUCAAUAUCCGCGUGUAAUGGAUCUCGAUAACGCCAUGUGUAGAGUGUCGGGACCGCGAGGAUCCGCGAUUAUUCCCGCAUACUUGGCGCGACCUGAACAGUUUUUAUGUCGUUAUGAAACGCAUUGUUUUGCACUGUGCCAUUGUUGUGAAUUUGAUGCUUGUGAUUGUGAAAUGACAUGCCCGUUGGAUUGCAAGUGUUAUCAUGAUCAGACUUGGAAUACAAAUGUGGUUGAUUGUUCGGGUCUUGGGACUCGCGAAAUACCACGUCGUAUACCCAUGGACGCCACGGAAGUUUAUUUAGACGGUAAUAACUUUCGCGAAUUGCAAAAUCACGUUUUCAUUGGACGCAAGAACAUGAGAGUUCUUUACGUGAAUGCAAGUCAAGUUGAAUCGAUACAAAAUAGAACAUUUAAUGGUUUAAAUAAUUUGCAAAUACUUCAUCUCGAGGAGAAUAAAAUACAUCAGCUCAAAGGAUUUGAAUUCGAACAUUUGUCCCAUUUACGUGAACUCUAUUUGCAAAAUAAUAUUAUAAGUUACAUUGGAAAUUUGACUCUUUUACCCUUACGUUCUUUAGAAAUUCUUCAUCUCGAUGGUAAUAAAUUAGUGAUAUUUUCUGUUUGGCAAGCUACUUUAAAUACUCGUUUAGUGCAACUGUGGCUUGGAAAUAAUCCGUGGUCUUGUCGUUGCAAGUUUCUGCAAGAACUCACUUCCUGGGUUUCUGAUAAUUCUCACAAAGUAGUCGACGUGAAGGAUGUUUGGUGUUACAAUAACGAGGCAAAACCACCGUAUCGACGACAACUUAGUGUUAAUGAAACAGUUUGUUCGGAUUAUUUUACCCAAGGCGGGGUUAUCGAUCACAUAAUGAUUUCAGACUAUCUCCCCAUGGUAGCUGCUACACUUUCGGCUAUUCUUUUAGUGUUGGUGCUUACAGUGCUUGCUUUUAUAUUUCGAGAGCCGGUACGUACGUGGGUUUAUUCAAAGUACGGAGUGAGAUUGUGUACAAGUGGUGCUGCCUCGGACAGUAAGGAUCGCCUUUACGAUGGUUAUUUCUGCUACAGCCCCAAAGAUGAAGAUUUUGUGCUUCAUUCAUUGGUAGACGAAUUGGAGCACGGCUUACGAGGACUUCGUCUCUGUCUCCAUCAUCGUGAUCUCCCUUGCCUACGAGCUCCAAGCUCUGUUAUUUUAGAAGCAGCUGAGGCUUCCAGAAGAGUGGUGAUUGUUUUAACAAGAAAUUUUCUACAAUCCGAAUGGAGUUGUUUCGAAUUUCGUGAGGCCAUCCAUGAAUCCUUGAGAGGGCGUAUGAGUCAGCUGAUUGUCAUUCAAGCUGGAAUAAUUAUUUCCAAAGCAGAAACUGAUCCUGAAUUAAGGCCAUAUUUACGUUCGGCAAUGGUAAUAAAUUGGGGUGAGAAAAGGUUUUGGGAAAAAUUAAGAUAUAUGAUGCUUCCUCAUGAUAGAAACAGACCUUCAUUGUAUAGGAAUAACGUCAAUACUUACACUCUUGAAAGUAGAACAGGAAAAGAGUCAACUCUCCAAGUACCUGGUAGCACUUCUGGACAUCACCAGUUAUUUCAAGGUUCGCCAGAACUUCUACGAGCUCCACCAGCCUACUCCAGUACUGCAUUCUUCAGUCAUGAUAAUGGUACCGAGUCUACUGCUACUAUAGAAAGCUCGAUAAAUCCAAGUACUCGGCUUACAAUGAACCACGCAUACCAAGACCCUGCAUUAAAUAGUUUCAACGAUAGCAGCAGAAGACCACUUUCGGAACAUAUUUACUCAUCUAUUGAUUCGGAUUAUUCGACAUUAGAAAAAAGUGUCUGGAGACAACAUAGUGCACAGCAACAGCAACAACAACAGCAGCAGCAGCAGCAAUCCGGACAAGCCUAUCUCGUCUAGCUGGUUUUUACAGUUGUUGCUAUUGCAUGCCUUUCUACGUUACCGUUAAAAUUUGCUCGAGUUAGAGGCCUAACCAUUUUAAUGAUCGUCUUCGUAAUACACAGCUCAUGUACCAAACAAAUCUAUCGCCGCCUAUUGGUUAAGUAGCCAAUAAUAGCGAUAGAUGCUCAUUACAAUCUUCACUAAUCUUUCAUUUUUUUCCCCUCAACUUUUAAACGUGUCUCAUCAAAGCGGACAAAUUACGAUUUAUUCUAUUCGCAUUUGCGAUUCACAAUACAUCGCUCUUGUAUAUAACUUAUGGAGUCGUUGUAUUUUUCAAUAUACAUUAUUUUUUAGUGAAAAAAUGAACGAUUUAUUAGGACACGGAAAUCUCAUUUCUAACCACAAAAGUGUUCUUUAUUCACAAAUAAAAGUGUAGUUGUGAAACUAAAAAAAAAUUGUGCAAGUGUUAAAAUUGACUGAAAGUGAUGCUUUUUUCUAAUUAAAAAAUACAUUCCGAAAUGAUUGAACUUUUAAAAUGAUUAUUUCGUCAAAAAAAGACUUCAUUUUUACUAAAUGUAAAAAAUCAAGAACCUUUGAAUAAUAUAAAAGGUUUUAAAACUGCUACAAAAGUAUUUUUAUACAUGCAUAUAUGUAUGUAUGUAUUACUGUAUGUAUGUAUGUAUUAUACGAGCAACGAUUCCAUUUUUUCAGUUGUAAUCUUUAAUAUAAAUCGUGUCGAUUUAAAAAUUACAAUUUUAUUGCUUUAACGAUAAUUAAGAAUUUAGCACCAUGAUAUUAGGUAGGCAAUUUUUUAUAAUUUUAUAUGACUGAUGAACAGUGAAUGGCGACUGUUGUAUUAUAUGUACAUAUGUAUUUAAAUAUUUACAAGUGUAUAAUAUAUUCUAUAUAAUUUAAACAUAA